AUGGUGGUAGCUGCUGGCUCCAAGUUCAACAAUUUGAGAAGAGGGAGCAGUGGUUCUUGUUCUUCUCAUAAUGUUGUUAUCAAUGACUAUAGUAAUAAUAAUAAUAAUAACAACUGUGAUGGAGAGUUUUCAAGGAUUAAUAAAAGUGGUUGUUUUUCAUCAAUGGUGGAGGGUGUUGAUAAAGACUCUUCCUGUGUUUCGUUCACUACUUUUAAUAUCCUCGCUCCUAUUUACAAACGGGUUGAUCCACAGAAUCAAGGACUUAGAGAAAGUGAUUUCAGAUCUUUUUGGUUAGCUAGGAAUCAAAGGAUUCUUGAUUCAUUGCUUUCUGAAUCAUCUUCUAUUAUGUGCUUACAGGAAUUUUGGGUUGGAAGUGAAGAGCUAGUUCACAUGUAUGAGGAGAGACUUGGGGAUGCUGGCUACCAACUCAUCAAGCUUGCUCGAACCAACAACCGUGGAGAUGGUCUGCUGACUGCUAUACGCAAAGAUCAUUUACGUAUCAUAAAUUAUCGAGAAUUGCUUUUCAAUGAUUGUGGUGACCGUGUUGCUCAGUUGUUACAUGUUCGAUCAGUUAAUCCCAUUUCACAAAACCAAAAUGACAGUGUUCACCAAGAGCUUCUGAUCGUGAAUACACACUUGCUUUUUCCUCAUGAUUCUAGUCUGUCUAUAGUGAGAUUGGAUCAGGUUUAUCAAAUAUUACAAUAUGUGGAGUUGUAUCAGAGAGAAAACAGGCUCAAACCACUGCCUAUUAUUCUAUGCGGCGAUUGGAACGGAAGCAAGCGUGGACAUGUUUACAAGUUCCUUAGGUCGCAGGGUUUUGUAUCAUCAUAUGAUAUUGCAAAUCAGUACACUGAUAGUUAUGCAGAUGCACACAAGUGGGUUAGUCACAGAAAUCAUAGAGGAAAUAUAUGUGGCGUUGACUUCAUUUGGCUUUGUAAUCCUAACCAAGCGCGCAAGCCCUUGAAAACAAGUUGGGCGGAAGCUGUAUUUAGUAUACUAAAGUUCCAGCUUCGGAAGGGCAACAACUGUGUUGAUUCCGUUUCAUAUGUUAGUUUUUCUGAAGCACUCCAUAAGGUUAAGUUAAUUGGCGUGCCUUAUGGACUAUGCUUUCAACAGUUGCAAGAUCUAUGGAAUCAAGCUGAUGUAGAUGGAAAUGGUGUCAUUGACUUUGAAGAAUUCAAGCAAAAGAUUUGGAAUUCUACAUGUUCAGAGCAUGUGUUGGAAAAUUUCAAUGGGUGCGUGGAGAAUUCUAAUACUGAGCAGGAGCAACAGGCCAUUGGUUUUAAGGUGAAGAAUGCGAUGUUGUUUCCGCGUGAAAUGGAGAAAGGACUUUGGCCUGAAGAUUACUCUCUUUCUGAUCAUGCAAGGUUAACUGUUGUAUUUUCACCAACAAAGAUGUCACGCCCUUAG